AAUUUAGCCAUUAGCUGAGACUUAAAUACAUUUGAAUAUAAGGGGUUUGUAAACUAUGCCACAUCUUAGAUUUCAUAUAUUUUCGUUGUUGUUGUCAUUUAACUUGUUGGUCGAAGUAGAGACUAAUUUAGUAUUCUGCCUGAACUUGAGCACUAACCAGUGGGAGGUGGUCAGUUUUGUGACUCAGAUUUCAAGAGUUCUUGCUGUUCUGUCUGAUUUGUCAAGGAGCUGGAAUAAACUUCACUUUUGUGUGUGCAUAGAACCAUCUUCUAUCUUAAUCUGUGCUGUAAUGUGUCCAUACCUGUAGGUGUUGAAGCAGGAAAAAUUGUUUUCUGUUCUAUCCCUACAUAGUAGAAAGGUUAGAUCACACAGUUGGAUUUUUCUCUCCCAUCCAACUUCUGGUGCUGUUUUUUACUGUUGGUUGUUGUUGUUUUGGUUAUGUGCUUUGUGUUUUCUUUCAUAAACAGUAGUUUUGGAUCCAGAAUUCAAACGAAUGUUGUAUUUCUCAUAAUCCUGUACUUUAGGGAUUAUGUUCUGUCUUCUUAGGCCUGGGCUAGAAGCACAGUUUUAGGGAAGGCUACCUCCUUUUCUUCAGCAUCACAAAAAAUAUGCAUAAAUACAAGCCCACUACACCCACUGGAAGAAUGCAGCUUUUACCAUAGAUCACAGUUCUCAUCCAACAGGACACAUGGCUCUUUUAAAGAAAGUUAACCAGAUCUUACUGUUACUUCUUGUCUUAACCGUGUGCGCUAUUCUGUAUAACAAAGUUCACCAAGUGCCCUUGGCAUUAAGAAAUGAAACAGUCCAGUCAACCUGCAAGUGGUUCUGCAUUAGCAGCAGUUCAAGCUGUGUGCCUUGCAAGAUGGGGAUGUGUAUAGGAUGUGUGGAUUUAGAGAGCCCUGAGGAAAUGGAGGAAGAAAUCCCAGUGGUGAUCUGCGCUGCUGCGGGCAGGAUGGGUGCAGCGGUGGCAGCGAUCAGCAGCAUCUACAGCAACACAGAGGCCAAUGUUUUGUUCUACAUCAUUGGGCUGAAGACAACCAUCCCACACAUUCGAAAAUGGAUUGAAAAUUCUAAACUGAAAGAAAUAAAAUUUAAGGUUGUGGAAUUCAAUCCUAUGGUACUAAAAGGAAAAAUCAGACAAGAUGCAUCACGUCCUGAGCUUCUUCAACCUCUGAACUUCGUUCGAUUUUAUCUCCCUUUGCUUAUCCAGAAGCAUGAGAAAGUAAUAUAUUUGGAUGAUGAUGUCAUUGUUCAAGGUGACAUCCAGGAACUCUACAAUACUAAGUUAGCUCCUGGACAUGCAGCAGCUUUUUCAGAUGAUUGCGAUCUGCCUUCUACACAUGAAAUGGUUAGAAGUGUAGGGAUGCAGAACACAUACAUGGGAUUCCUGGACUACAGAAAGCAAGCGAUUAGAGAUCUUGGCAUCAGCCCCAGUACCUGCUCCUUUAAUCCUGGAGUAAUUGUUGGUAACAUGACUGAAUGGAAACAUCAGCGGAUUACAAAGCAGUUGGAAAAGUGGAUGCAAAGAAACGUAGAGGAAAACCUCUAUAGCAGUACCCUUGGGGGUGGUGUGGCAACCUCCCCAAUGCUGAUUGUAUUUCAUGGAAAAUAUUCCUCUAUUAAUCCUAUGUGGCACAUAAGGCAUCUUGGUUGGAGUCCUGAUGCCCGUUACUCAGAGCAAUUUCUUCAAGAAGCUAAAUUACUUCAUUGGAAUGGGAGAUACAAACCUUGGGACUACCCCAGUGUCCACACUGAUCUCUGGGAAAACUGGUUUAUUCCUGACCCCUCAGGGAAGUUCAAAUUAACUCGUCCUGACAGCUGAUACUGACACACUGCAUAACGUAGUGUAUGGGAUGCAUUUAAUAGUUUGAGACGCAACAUGUUGUAUGAGUGACUGAUUUUAGAAAACGAAGUAUUUGUUAAAAAUAUGAAUAAUUGACCAUCAGUUUUGUGUGCUUAUGGCAGGUGAGGGAGGCCAGAGUGACCAAUACAUAGUUCAGAUUAUCUUGACUUUCAUGUAAGGUGAGGAAACAAGUUUAUUUGACAAUGAAGUACUUUCAUUAAACACUUACAGAGGUGAAAUUCAGUGUCAGACAGAGUGCUUUAAUUUAAGGUCUUUCUCAGUAAGAUUCCAAUGUCUUCUGGUAGGAAAAAAACUACACAGGAGAUAGCUGCAGUGUUACGUACAAGAAGUGUUUAGUUAUCUAGCCCACAUAAACAGCCUGAAUUGAAAACCUGGGCACAUAUUACAGUGUUCUGUUGUGUGGUGACUGUUUUGUGGCAUCUCUGACUAUAACCCAUCCUGUAGUGCACUUAAUAAGAUGCAAAAUACAUUCCAAUACACUGCAGUACAAUUCCUGAUUUUAUUGUGAAACAUUGAUAGAUUUAAGACAGAUUAAGAACUUCUGUAUCACUGUAACAAAAAGAGCACCAGUUUUGAGGGAGGACACAGAAUUGCAGUAUUUAGUGGAAUGGUCAUUGCACGCUCAACUGUAUUUCAUACCCAGAUAACCAAGUGGGUGAUUCCAUUAAGGAAGAGACCUUUCCCUUCCAAUCAAACAGGACAGCCUUUCAGGAGUUACAUCCUACUGUGCUACAUACUUAGCAGUGCUAAUUUCAUGCUUCUAAUUUUGUUGAAAAUAAAACUAAAUUGUAACAAAUCCCUGAUGCAAGAUACUUUGAGCACCUGCAGGAAAACAUCCAUGUAAACAGCAAUACAUGAUACAGUACACUUUAAAUAACAGAAAAGUCCUAUACCUUUCUGACAAUAUGUGGAACAGUUUUAUGCUGCAGCUAAUAAACACAAUCAGACUCAUAAUGCACACUCACUCAAUUGAAGAUUCUCAGAAUUAAACCACAUAAUUUGGGAAGAAACUGUAAACAUCAAGCCUGCCUCACAACAUGUUGACAGUGUGUGAUCUCUGUAAGAGGUGUUACAGCAGGAUUAGAACGUACACUAACCAGUUACACACAACUGACAACUGUCACUAGCUGUGAGGAGAGGAUAAGUCACAUUGGUACAGGAAUCUCUGACCAGCAUGGAGUGUGGAGAUACUGUUUGUGUCUGUUUUCAAGUAUGUGAAGCACCAAAUGUUGUAAGAUCAUCAAAACUUUAAUGUUUUGAUCAGCUUAUUGCUUUUACUUCAUCUUUUCCUUACAUGAUAAAAGAGGGAAAGAAGAUGAGAGUUAGGCACCAGGAUGAUUUUUUUUUCUCAGUCAUAUUGGACAAAAAUGUGUAUCAUUUAGGCAAGUUCCUUAGAAGAGAGUUUCUACAGACAAUUUCUUAUUCAUGGAACAGCUGUCCCUGUAUUCAACUCAGUGUUUUUAAAUUUUAAGUGGAAUAAAGGGAACAACCUCUAAGGUACUACAGAUUGAAGAGAGCUUAAUGUUAAAAAUUGCUAAACUGCAAAUCUCUUUCAUCCUGUGCUAAUUGUACAUGAUGUAAAUAACAUAGUUGUAUAUGACUUUUAAGAGAAUGCAGUCUUUCAGUUCUCUGUCUCAUUCAAAGGUGUUAUCUCCUGCUAAAAAUCAGGUGAAGGGACUAACUUCAUGGAAAUGAUGGAGUUUAAAUACCACAGAAUUCAAGAACUACCACUGCUCUUUGUUUUUGCUUUUUUUUAAAAGCAAUUCCAGUUCCUUACAUUGUAAUUUAAGGGGGAAAGAGAUGGAGUGGUAGAGAAACCUUAUCCUAAGAGAGCUCAGCUAGGAUAUUUAGACCCUGUCCUGUGUGACAGAAGUUUUCCUCCCCAGUGCUGUGACUUGAGAUGAUGUCUUCACUCCCUUCAUCCUAAAUUACGGUACACUCACUGAAGAGACAGAGCUGUCUUGUCCCACCCAGAAAACAGCACCUAUAGCUGCAGAACACAACUUUCUACUUUUUUAAGAUGGUAAAAGGCAGGAUUAAAAAGCACCAU